UUUCCUAGCGUGCACUCUGGGCGCCGCUGUUGGCCAAAGACCAGAGCUUGGCGCUCGCGGUCUUCUCGCGCAGCCGCACCGCGCUUUCCAGGGCGGCCCUCUCACACUCGCCAGGGCGAGCCCUUAGACCUCUUCCUACUGCAAGAAAGAAGAACUUUUCCCGGACUGGGACUGAGAGCUAAAGCCCAUUCGGAACUCCGAAUAUCUGCAACACAGCGCUUGUGCGUGACCCCGCGUCUCCAGGCUGGUGAGCAGGCUGAGCGAGCAGGAGGGAUGGGGAGCGGCGCUGUGCAGAGGCGCAGGGCUGAGAGGCGGCCAGUGCUCUUUCCCUUGCUGCUGUCUUUGUUCAGCCCGGCGCUCUCAGAGCAGAUCCGCUACAGGAUGCCUGAGGAAAUGCCCACGGGCUCGGUAGUGGGGAAUCUCGCCAAGGACCUGGGGUUCAGCGUCCAGGAGUUGCCGGCCCGGAAACUGCGCAUCGGUUCGGAGAAACCGUACUUCACAGUGAGCGCGGAGAGCGGGGAGCUGCUUGUGAGCAGUAGGCUAGACAGGGAGCGGGUAUGUGGGAAGAGGCCGGCAUGCGUCCUGGAAUUGGAGGCUGUGGCUGAAGACCCACUGAACUUUUAUCAUGUGAGUGUGGAGAUCGAGGACAUUAAUGACCACUCGCCAGAAUUCACGCAUAUUUCCUUUGAGCUGCAAAUAAGUGAGUCCGCACAGCCGGGUACACGAUUCAUAUUAGAAGUAGCAGAAGAUGCAGAUAUCGGCUUAAAUUCCCUACAGAAUUAUAAGCUGUCUCCUAACCCUAGUUUCUCCCUGAUAAAUAAGGAGAAACAAGAUGGUAGCAAAUACCCAGAACUAGUAUUGGACAAAACCCUAGACCGGGAACAACAGAGUUACCAUCGUUUAGUCCUGACUGCCUUAGAUGGUGGAAAUCCACCCCUUAGUGGUACCACUGAGCUCCGAAUCCAGGUCACUGAUGCCAAUGAUAAUUCCCCUGUAUUCAGCCAGGAAGUCUACAGAGUCAGUGUUCCAGAAAACAUGGCCCCGGGCACCAGCGUGUUGCAGGUGUCAGCCACUGACCAGGAUGAAGGUGUCAACUCAGAAAUUACUUACUCCUUUCAGAGAACUGGGCAAGUCUUUAGUCUGAAUUCAAAAAGUGGAGAAAUUAUAUUGCAAAAGACACUGGAUUUCGAAGAAAUUAAAGAAUAUUCUCUAGUGGUGGAAGGGCGUGAUGGUGGAGGGCUGGUUGCACAAUGUACAGUUGAUAUUAGCAUUCAAGACGAAAAUGACAACAGCCCAGAAAUUACAUUUCAUUCUCUUCUGGAAAUGAUUCUGGAAAACACAGUACCGGGAACACUAAUUGCUUUGAUCAAAAUACAUGACCAGGAUUCUGGGGGAAAUGGAGAGGUUAAUUGUCAGCUAGAAGGUAAAGUUCCUUUUAAAAUAAUCUCUUCGUCCAAAAAUUCAUACAAGUUGGUAACAGACAGCAACUUGGACCACGAGCUGACUCCAGAGUACAAUGUUACCAUCACUGCCACCGACAGGGGCAAACCGCCCCUCUCCUCCAGCAAAAGCGUCACCCUUUACAUUGCUGACGUCAAUGACAACGCUCCGGUUUUCAACCAGUUGUCCUACUUGGUAUAUGUAGCAGAGAACAACCCAUCUGGAGUGUCUAUCGCGCAAGUCAGCGCCUCCGACCCUGACCUGGGACCCAAUGGCCAGGUCUCUUACUCCAUCGUGGCCAGCGACCUGGAGCCUAGAACGCUGCUGUCCUACGUGUCCGUGAGCGCACAGAGCGGAGUGGUGUUCGCGCAGCGCGACUCUGAGCGCCGCUGUUCACCAACUAAGAAAAACAGCGCUCCCGAUCUGCAUCUACGUAAACCCCCUUACAUCCCACAAACUGGAUUCCAGGCUGCAACAAGAUUCCACUCGACAGGCAUUCCGGCUUUCCUCUGA